CUAUGAAGACCCGACUGGUAAAGAGGAUACCAUGGUUUGCUUAAAAUGCAUUGGAAAUUUCAUUAAAAAAAAUGAUUUUUUCAAGAUUUUUGACAGUGCAGAAAGAGUCAGUAGCUUUUGCCUUUAUACUGUUUCUUACCUGAGCCACCUCUCAUAUUUAUGUAUUCUUUAUUAGCAGAAGUUGGUCUAAGCCAGUAAAACCACUAAACACAAUCUUAGACAAGAAAACACCUUUAAAUACAUGAGUGGUCAUGCUGUUCCCUAUUCCCCAUCUCAAAAUCACAUAGAGAUGCACUGGAUAUUAGAGGGUCUUCUGGGGGUGCACAAAAGUGAUUGUAAGGUACACUUCCUAUACAGAUCCUGCCUACUCUGUCUACACUUCUUUUUGCCUUAGUACAAAACCUCUUCUUUUCUACCUAGUCAUAAUCCUAGUCAUGUCUCCCUGCCUGCCUGCUAUAGUCUAGAAUCUAAACACACACACAUCAACUAGAAAGUUAGAAUAAUAAGUAUAUCUCUGCAUGCAUUUGCUCCAUGGACUAUUUUAUGUCUUAAUCCAAAAUAGCAGAAUUGUCUCUACCCCUACAACAUACUAAUAAAUUGUUUUAAUGGAUGGUGAGAAUUUCCCUGCUGGGUUUUUCAGGUGGGAACAGAGACCUCCUGCACCACCACCACCACCACCACCGCCACCACAACCACCUAUAUUCAACAAGGAACAUGUAUUAAACAGGCCUACUACUUCUUUUGAGUUUGUUCUUCCAAUAAAUACAAGAAAGGAAUUGAAGUCCCUUGAAGAGUUGUUCAGAGAGUAUGGAGUCAGGUACAUGACAAUGGCCAAGAUGACUGAAAUGGGUUUUACUGCUAAUACUCUUGUCAACAUGACAGAGGAAGAAGUUGAUGAUUUGAUCAAGACCCUUGUGGAGAUCUAUAGGAUGGAUCUUCUUUUGGGUGAGAGGUAUGGGAUAAAAUCUGCCAUUAGAGCUGAGAAGAAGAGAUUGCAGGAUAGCUUGGAGAUGCAGAAGUUGGAACUCCUGUCUGAGGCUGAGAGAAAGAGGAUUCAGGAUGAUCAGAAUACAUUUGCAGUUGCCAUGGCAUCUGAAGGCACCUCUAAGGAUGUGAGGGCAAGUGAUCAGCUCAUUUUGCCAGAAAGCGCAAGUGCAGAUCAUGCUCCAUUGAAUAUCAAAACCUGCAAAGGUGGCCUUAUCAUCCCUUAUCAUAAUAAUGGUAAUUUAUGUGGUUCAGGUCUGAUGGGGAUGCCUGAGCACAGCAGUGAAAGUGAUGAGAGGAAAUUAGAUUCUAGUAAACAGAAAAGAAGAAGGAUUAAAGAAACUGGAGAGGAUGGAGAGGAUAGGCCCAGGGAACAUCCUUUCAUUGUUACUGAACCAGGAGAACUAGCCAGGGGAAAGAAAAAUGGCCUGGAUUAUCUGUUUGAUCUCUAUGAGCAGUGUGGUAAAUUUUUAUUAGAAGUCCAAAGAAUUUCCAAGGAAAGGGGUGAGAAAUGUCCAACUAAGGUAACAAAUCAGGUAUUUCGCCAUGCAAAGUACACUGGUGCAGUCUACAUUAACAAACCUAAAAUGCGACAUUAUGUCCAUUGCUAUGCUCUACAUUGUCUAGACAAUGAGCAAUCCAAUCACCUCAGAAGAAUAUACAAGGAGAGGGGAGAAAAUGUUGGGGCCUGGCGCCAAGCCUGUUACUAUCCUCUAGUAGCCAUAGCCAGGGAAAACAAUUGGGACAUAGAGGGUGUUUUUAAUAGAAAUGAAAAGCUUAAGAUUUGGUAUGUACCCACAAAACUAAGGCAAUUGUGUCACAUGGAGAGAAGCAAAGAAUGCCAAUAGUGAAUUGAUGCUGCGUAGAUUCUUAUCUUCCCAUGUUACAUUGCACCUUCCCUGAGAUAUUCACUAUGUGCAUUGUGUUACUAGGCCAUAUUUUUGACAUUGUAUAGGCUUUAGCACCUAACCUUGAAUCAACUUGUUUCAGUCAAGGCAACUGCAUCACACGCUGAGAAGCAAAUAGUAGCAACAGUUGAUGCUGCACUAAACUCUCUCUCCAUAUGACAUUGUAAUUUCUCUCAUAUUCUCACUUCUAAGCCUUUUUAUUUUUGACAACUGUAUAUGCACUGGAAGGAGUAUGAAUCUAACUGUUUCAAUCA